AGUAAGCGGCAGGUUGUUGCCGAGCUUGGAUUAUGGAUAAACAUUUGGCGUUACUGACUGGAUUUUUAGUUUUAUUUGGAUAUAAAGUUAAUCCAGUAGAUGCUUUCUUAAAGAAUCCGCAAAGUCUGAAUAUUUCUAUGGAUUACAAUGCAUCGCAAUUAACUCUUUCGGAAGAGAGCCGAAUCAGUUUCCAUUUAAUGGAACGGUACAAAAAGGUUGGAAAUAUUGCAAGACCAGUAGAAAAUGCUAUGAAGACUGUAAAAGUUGAAUUUGGAUUAGCAUUGAUUCAAAUUUUAGACUUUGACGAAACAAAUCAAGUAUUGACAACAAAUGUUUGGAAAAGAUAUAUAUGGCUGGAUGAAAUUCUUCGUUGGAACCCUUCGGAAUUUGGAAAUAUAUCCAAUAUUCGCUUACCAGCACCUAAAAUUUGGACACCGGACAUAGUUCUAUACAAUAACGCUGAUACCCAAGAAAAACAACACCUGGAAUCAGUAACGGUUGCUCACUUUGGUCUUGUUAGAUGGAUUCCCCCGGCAAUUUACAAGUCCAGUUGCCAGAUCGAGAUGAGAAAUUUCCCCUUCGAUACCCAAACUUGUUUCUUCAAAUUUGGUUCCUGGGUGUAUGAUGGGCAUAAAUUAGAUCUCGUGUUUUAUGAAGGAAGAGACGAUGUGGACUUGAGAGAAUAUGUUGAGAGUUCCGAAUGGAAUGUUGUUUGUUAGUAAUUUUUCAUAUGAAAAAAAAAAGAAUUUAGGAACUCUUUUGUUUUUUAAUGACAAAGCUUAUUGGUUACAUAUAUCUAUUCUAUUUUAGAUACAUCCGCAAAACGAAACGUUCGUACAUAUCCCUGUUGUGAUGACGAACCGUAUCCUGAUUUGACGUUUCGACUGACAGUGAAAAGAAAAACAGCAUUUUACAUGUAUGUGCUCAUACUGCCCAGUGUAAUGCUUUCGUUUCUCACAUUGGUUCUAUUCUGGAUACCUCCUCAGAGACCCGAUAGAACUAGCUUGGGUAAGUUUCUAGAUUAAUAAUAAUUGUAAUUUUUGUUAACAGUACGUCUAUUAUUCGCUUUUCUUUAAGGAAUGAGCCUAUUUUCAAGUUUUUUUGUUCUUCUCCUCAUUCUCGUACAAAGUUCGCCACCUACUGCAUCGAUUUCCCUUCUGGGUGUCUAUUACUGCUUGAAUAUGGUGCUCAUAGCCAUAUCAACCAUGGUUUCAGCACUAGUAAUUAAUCUGACAUAUUAUUUACAAAGGAGAAAACUCCCAUUUUUAAUUAAAGCCGUAAGCGAUUUCAAAUUAUUGAUCUUAAAUGACAAAAUGACAAAAUGACGGAAUUUUUAACCUAAGAAUUACAUAUAUCAGAUUUUUGUUCAACACCUCGGUCGACUAUUAUGUGUAAGCAGAAACAGUUUAGCUGAUGAACCGAAUGAAAUAAACAAACGUACAAGUAGUUUUACUGAGCAAAGUUUCCCUCUACGGAAUGGUAAAGCGAGCGAACAAACCCUAUCGAAACGCAACGAUUGGAAAAUUUUAGCAUCCGUUAUUGACAGGUAUACGCUACUUUUCAAUUUCCAAUCAUUCACUAAAUUCUCGACUUUUUUAUAUUACAGGCUUUUUUUUAUAAUUUAUACGAUUGGUUUGGUUUUAUCCUUAAUUUUCGUCUUCCCCCGUUAGUCUAGGCGCCAUCUAUCGUUUUUUCAAAUAUAAAUAGUUUAAACAGAGAAUAAAAUAUAUCAGCCUUGUAUUUUCAUAGUUUAAAAUAGUUUUAUUUUUCUAAUGCAAAUUCAGGAGUGAAUGACAACAUAAAAACCGCAAAAGCAGUUAAGCGGAUAAAAGUUUUUGAAUUCCAAUAGCUGUAAACAAUUAGAAGUUCAAUCUUACAUUCCUCCUCUCAAACGCAAUACCAAAUGAAGGGUCGAUUCUUUUUGGAUGUUGUAGUCGGACAAUGUUCUACCAUCUUCCAAUUGUUUACCAGCAAAGAUCAAUCUUUGUUGAUCUGGGGGAAUUCCUUCUUUAUCUUGGAUUUUAGCUUUCACGUUUUCGAUCGUGUCUGAUGGUUCGACUUCCAAGGUGAUUGUCUUUCCAGUUAAGGUCUUGACGAAAAUUUGCAUUCCUCCUCUCAAACGCAAUACCAAAUGAAGUGUUGAUUCCUUUUGGAUGUUGUAGUCGGAUAAUGUUCUUCCAUCUUCCAAUUGUUUACCAGCGAAGAUCAAUCUUUGUUGAUCUGGGGGAAUUCCUUCUUUAUCUUGGAUUUUAGCUUUAACAUUCUCGAUUGUGUCUGAUGGUUCAACCUCCAAGGUGAUUGUCUUUCCAGUUAAGGUCUUGACGAAAAUUUGCAUUCCUCCUCUCAAUCUUAAAACCAAAUGAAGGGUCGAUUCUUUCUGAAUAUUAUAGUCGGACAAGGUUCUUCCAUCUUCCAAUUGUUUGCCAGCGAAGAUCAAUCUUUGCUGAUCUGGGGGAAUUCCUUCUUUAUCUUGGAUUUUAGCUUUAACAUUCUCGAUUGUGUCUGAUGG